AAUAUGAUUCAAUAUGAAGAGGCAAAAUUUAGAUCACCAGUAAUCAUAAAGCUUAACAAAUGGAAUUUGACCGAAAAUACAAGCAGCUGGUCUUUUAAUAGACAUCAACCAAUAUUACGGCCUUAAUUUAUCAAUAUAGAAUGAGAUAUUCUCAAUUAAUCGAGCUGAACCUCUCUUGAAAUAGAUUUUUUAACAAGAAUUAACAAAGGAUUGAUAAUAGAUUAGAAAAGUUUGAUUUAAGGGAGUAGAAACAUGGUAAAAACGAUGUAUAAUAUGUAAAAUUUAUAUUACAGAUGAUAAAUAGAUUAUGAACAUUAAUUAGCAAAUAGAGAUUAUUGAAUAAUUCGAUUGUUUGUCUUUGAAUUUUCAAAUAUAAAUCGGUGUCUAUAUUAUGAACUUUGAUCUAGGUGGAUUUAAAAAAGAAUAUUAUAAAUCCUGAUGGAUCUUUAUCGUGUCCAUUCCCCAAUUAUGAACCGAUGAAUAUUUCAAUGGCCGAAGCCUUUAUAGGAGCUUUGAGUGCCCAUGAUGGAAAUCUUAAAGCAUUGAUUGAUGCUGAAACCGAAAGAACUGUAACUUUUGGAGAAUUAAACGUUCUAUAUAAGAAAAUUAGUAGUUCAUUAGUAAAGAUGGGAUGUUCUGAAAAGGAAAUUAUUUGCUUUUUUGCACCAAAUUGCAUUGAAUACGUUCUUAUGUUUGUUGCCUGUAUAACGGCAGGACUUACAAUUUCACCAGCAAAUUUCGCAUAUACAUCUUAUGAACUUAAACAUCAGUUGAAAGACUGUUCGGCAUCCUAUGUCUUUACUACCUCUGAACUUUUACCGACAGUCAGAUCUUCUUUAAAUCCAAAUAUUAAACAAAUCUUCAUUUCUGAUGACAAGAAUAUACCUGGUUGUACUAGCUUGCAUAAGAUGUUUACUGACGACGGAUCGGCUUUCAGGGGAAAUAAUUUGCAUGUUAAUCCAAAUGAGGAUAUUGCUAUAAUUCCUUAUAGUAGUGGAACAACUGGAUUACCUAAAGGUGUUGAAAUAACACACAAAAAUAUGACUUCUAUCCUUCAAGCUCUCUCCCAACCCCAAUAUGCACCCGAUUAUGAACCAGAGAAUGCUAAUAAGUUAGCUUUUUUGCCAUAUUUCCACGCCUACGGACUACAAGGUACUCUUGUUGCCGGUCUCUUUCAAGGAGCUACCCAAAUUAUCUUUAAAAGAUUCAUACCAGAUUUGUUUUUAGACUGUAUAGAAAAAUACAGACCUCAUACUUUAUCCCUUGUUCCACCUAUUGUGAACUUUUUAAUAUCCUACCCGAGAGCCAAAACCAUUGAUUUUUCCUCCGUAAAAACUGUUGGUUCUGGCGCGGCACCUCUAACUAAAGAGACGGAAAGAGAAUUUUUAAAUAUUCUUAAACUUCCUAACCUAAUUCAAGGUUAUGGUUUGACUGAGACCACUGUUGCAGUAUCUUAUGCAACAUUGAAAUUUUAUAAACGGGGAAGUUCAGGUCUUCUAAUACCAAAUACACAUGUGAAGAUUGUCAAUCCGGAAAAUCAGCGUGUACAAGGUGUAAAAGAGGCAGGAGAAAUAUGGGUGAAGGGUCCACAAGUUAUGAAGGGUUAUCACAAAAAACCAGAGGCUACUAGGAAUACUCUAACUAAGGACGGAUGGCUUAAAACUGGGGAUAUCGGUUAUUUUGACGAAGAAGGAUAUAUUUUUGUAAUCGAUAGGAUAAAGGAAUUGAUUAAAUAUAAAGGAUUUCAAAUAGCACCAGCCGAACUCGAAUCCGUAAUAUUAAAUCAUCCAAAAGUUCUUGAUGUUGGUGUAAUAGGCAUUCCAGAUGAUAGAGCUGGAGAAGUACCAAAAGCCUACGUCGUCAAGAAAGAUCCUAGUCUAAAGAGAGAAGAAAUUAACGAUUAUGUGAAAGAAAGACUUACGUCGUACAAACAACUAAGAGGAGGAAUUUCAUUUGUCGACGAAAUCCCAAAAUCACAAAGCGGUAAGAUUCUUAGAAGAAAACUGAGGGAAAGAGCUAUAAACGAAAGUAAAUCUACCAAAAGUAAACUUUAAGCAGAAGGCAAAAGAAGGAAAGGGAAAUAAAGAAAUGAGAAAGAUAAUGUUACUGUACGUAAGAAAUUAGUUUGCUGAUUAUUAAUAUUAUUACCAUUUCUAUCAUCAUCUUUCAGACUUACGGCAACAUUUUUCUUCUCUUUUGACUAGUUUCAAACUAUACUUGAUUCUAAAAAGAUAAAAUUUGACAUAUUUUCCUAUUAAUUAUAGGACAAAUUCAAUAAAUUCAUGCACGAAUUGAUUAAUUGAAAUAAUAAAAGAUUGAAAAUUA